CAGGGCCUAACGCAGCCUUUUUCACCGCCGCCCACGUACGGCUGUCCCCCCCGCUUUUGCUCAUCUCCGCUCGCCGCCGGCAACCGCCAACCCGCGCUGUCCAGUCCGUGACGUUUUCACCGUGCGCCGGCCCGCUCGACUCGAGGACGAAGCCGAAAAGCGCGAAGAUUCUCGCGUCGCCAUCGCCCAUCGCCCAUCGCCACUGUACGUGCUGCUCCCUUGCUUAAGAUCUCUCAUCUGCACUGCACUGCAUGCGUCCAGUGUCGCCGCCGCGCCGUUAAAACUUUCUACCGCUGCUGCUGCGCCCGCCGCGCGCCGACCAUGGGGUGCGGCCAGUCCAAGACUGACGGGGGCGGGGGCGGGGGCGGCGCGGCUGUGGCGCUGUGCCGGGACCGCGCCGCGCUGCUGGCCGACGCCAUCCGCCACCGCUACGCGCUCGCCGACGCCCACCGCGCCUACGCCGCCUCGCUGCGGGACGCCGCCGCCGCGCUGCACGACUUCCUCCGCGGCGUCCAGGCGCUGCCGCCGCCGUCGUCGUCCGACGUCGACCACGCCGCGCCGCUGCGCCUCCCCGACCUGAGGAAGGGGGACCACUCGCUCCCCGCCGCCGUGGUUCCCCUCCCCGUCGACGCGGUGGUCAUCAAACAGGUUGACGACGACGGCGGCGGCCACAUACAUUUCCCCUCCGACGACGACGACGACGAGGGCGGUUCUGAUGGUAGUGGUGGCCACAUCCAUUUCCCGUCCGACGACGACGACGACGCUGAGCCGCCUCCCCCACGCCCCGCCGCGGCUCCGGCGCCGCACGCCGCCACGCUAUACACCUACGCUCCGCCGUACGGCUACGGCCCCGGCGCCGGGCAGUAUGAAUACGGCGUCGACAUGGGCGGCUACGGCCAGAGCUUCUUCAGCAUCAGCUACGCCCGGAGCCAGCCGCCGCCGCCGUCGUCCGUUGUGUCCUACGAGCACCGCCCCCAAACGGUCAAUGCGACUGUUCACUACUACCCGGGGGACGGCGCCGCCGGGCCACCGCUUCCCGGCUCCUACUACGGCAGCGCCGCGCCGCCGCCAUCGCCGCCGCGGGUGUCCGCCUGGGACUUCUUCAACCCGUUCGAGUCAUUCGAGAGCUACUACCACCAGGACCAGCCAUCUCCUGCUCCACCGGCCUACACGCCAAGCCGGAGCUCCAAUGGCGCGCGGGAGGAAGAUGACAAUGGCAUCCCCGAGGUGGAGCACGACGAGGUCGACAAGGUUGACAACCACCAGGAUGCCAAUGGCAUGCCAUUGCCGGCGAAGGAUGUCAGUGAGGAGCAGCACAGGAAGUCCAAGUCCUCGGAGGCCAGCAGUAGUACCAGCAGCAGCAUGAUCAGUGAUCUCCAUGUAGUUCAGAAGAGUGUGAUUGAAGAACAGCUGCGGCAUUCGGAUGCCGCGGGGCCUCCCGCGAUCCCCAGGAAGGUUUACAAUGACGAUGUCGAGGUGGUGGAGGAGAUCAGAUCACAAUUCGAGCAUGCCGCAAAGUCCGCAUUCGAUGUAUCCAAGGUGCUUGAGGUUGGGAAGAUGCCUUACUACCAGAAGAGUUCAGGAUUAAAAGUAUCCUCGAUGAUGAUUUGUGGGCUAUCUUCGGUGGGGGAGGAGUUCCUGCAAUUUGAGGAGGACAAGGCUAUGGAAUGUGGUAACCUUUCUUCAACAUUGCAGAAGCUGUACAUGUGGGAGAAAAAGCUUCUUGAGGAAGUCAAGACUGAGGAGAAGAUGAGGGUGCUGUAUAACCAAAAGCGUGAGGAGCUGAAAGUUUUGUAUGGAAGGGGUGCCGAAGCACACAAGCUUGAGGCAACUGAAACUCAUAUCAGGAAGCUAUCAACAAAGAUAAGCAUUGCCAUUCAGAUUGUCAAUACUAUCUCAAAAAACAUCAAUAAUCUGAGAGAUGACGAACUAUGGCCGCAAACAUGUGAACUGAUUCAAGGGUUAAUGCAAAUGUGGCAUGCCAUGUCAAAAUGCCAUCAGAUCCAAUGCCACGCCAUAUCCCAAGCUAGAAACUUGGACUCUAAGCUAGAUUCUGCAAGGUUCAGUGAAGCUCACAUGGACUUAAUCAAGCGGCUAGAGCUUCAGUUACUGGAGUUGAUUUCUAGUUUUGCUACAUGGGUCAAUGCUCAAAAGAGCUUUGUUGGCACUUUAAAUGAGUGGCUCAAGAGGGGAAUUGACUAUGUGCCCGAAGUUACCGAUGACGGGACUCCCCCCUUUUCUCCAGGACGCUUAGGAGCGCCCCCCAUUUUCAUCAUCUGUAAUAAUUGGGCAAUCGGCACGGGAAGAAUAUCGGAGAAGGAAGUAGUAGACAAAAUGCAGGCUUUUGCCUCAAGUGUCCUGCACCUCUGGGAGAAGCACAGGUUAGAAUGGAGGCAAGGUAUGAUGGCUAACAAAGAUAUGGACAGGGACCUUAGAGUGAUGGAGAGGGAUGAACUCUCAAUGCGCAAGGCUCUCGAUGCGCAAAGCAAGAAGCUUGUGCUUGUUUCCAAUCAGAGUGGCGUGUCGUUAUCUGCGCAGGUGGUUCACGAUAGUGGUCCAACUGCUGAAGUUGGUUUGCAAUCUUGUAUGAAUAAGGUCUUUGAAGCAAUGGAGAGCUUCACUGCCGCUUGUGCGAAUGCAUACAGUGAUCUCCAUCUUCGCUCUGAAGAAGAGAAGACUCGACUCGGCCAAAACAAUGGCAGAGUUCCUAGCUUCAUUUCAGACUUAGCUGGUAAGUACAUAGCAAGUAACUGACCUUGGAGGUUUGGAUGAACAGCAACAGUGUGCAGAGCCAUCACAGAUUCUCAAUUCCAGUCUCACAACCGAUGUGCCUUGCUUUUGCUUGGUUUGGGCCCUCUGCCAAGUUUCAGGGUCAUCCUUAGGCCUGCAGCAACUGAUGUGAGAUCUGUGUUGGCCUGCAUUCUCAGGGUUGAAUGAUCUUCUUUUGUGGUCAUAAUCAUACUGGAGAAAACUACUGUCCUGUAAAGAAGUUAAUCACCAAUUCACCACAAUGUUAUUGACAAAGGGGCACAAAGCAUCAGACUAUCAGAGAUACAAAACAAUGGACAUUAUCUAUAAAAGAAAGAGACUGAGCAAUGGAAGAUUCUGACAAAGAAACAGAGAUCAAGAUAUUUCUUCUUAGAGGCCCUAUAAUUGCUUGUAGAAAUUCUCUAUCAAGAAUCAAGGCAGUGUUUAAGGAGGUUGGUACUGUGGAUGAAUCUUAGCUGAUACUCGAUAAUGAGAUAAUUUUUUUAGAUAAUGGAUAUCACUCCUGCCUCUACAUCGAUAAUGAGACAUGUUUGAUGCUCUGUUUGGAGUCUCUACUCGAUAAUUCCCACCGAAGCAUUUGGGAAUUGGGAGCCUCAGCAUGACAGCAUUUUAGGCAGACAUGGCCCUGAUACUGCAACUCUUCAAUCUCCUAAUUUGAUUGGCUGUCGAAAAAAAGUCUCUCUCUGUGUUUAUCUGUAUACACAUGAUAUGAUUCAUUUGUACCUGUGACACUGUAACUUUGUACAGCGAGUGUAACUUGAGUUGAGCCUUUUUCUUUCA